CUUGAACUUUUCUCAGAAAGAUCAAUCACCGACGGGGCGCGUACGAUCUUUUCUUUUUGAAGCCGGCGAGAAAACGAUCAAGGCAAAAUGUUCAAGCAUGCUGCUGCUGCUUCGGUAGCAUUUCUCUCUUUGUUGAGUGUGCCCGUGCUGGCGCUGAAUUGCCUCAACGAUGACCUUGGUGUGGUGGAGCCGUUGAACGCUGCCCUCCCGGUGUACAGCAAGCGGCAAGAUGCGGCUACUGCGGUCGACGUUUACUUCCAUGUCACCAGCACGGAGGCAAACAAGGACAGAAUCACAGACGACAUCGUUGAUGCCCAGUGGGAGGUGCUGCAGUCUACCUUUCUUGACUACGGCUUCAACCUAACACUGGUCAAUGUUUCGCGAAUCGUUGAUGAUGUAGCCGGCAAGGGCUUCUACGCGGAUGAUAGCAUCCUUAUUCCCGACUUUGACGCAUACCUCGCCUUCCGCACGGCAACACGACGAGGCGGCUACGACGCCCUCAACGUCUACUUCUUCUCGGACCUCAAUGGCGGCAUUAGUGGGCAGUGCAAUUGGCCAACCGUCACCCAGGAAGGUACUGAGUACUUCUACCAGGAUGGGUGCUGGUUGAAUGGGGAUUCAAUGCCUGGCCUGAGCCGCAACGAGUCGACGCCUCCCAAUAAGGGCCACGCUGCUCUCCACGAGGUUGGGCACUGGUUUGGGUUGAUGCACACCUUCCAUGGCAGGCCCUGUGAGCUUGGGAACGAUCAGGUUGAAGAUACGCCAGCGCAGGCAGGUUCAACUGUGGGCUGCCCCAUUGGAAGAGACUCUUGCCCCGACUUGCCCGGCUUGGAUCCGAUCCACAACUUUAUGGAUUAUUCAGACGAUACUUGCACUAACGAGUUCACGCCUGGGCAAACGGAGCGAAUGCACCAGCAAUUCGACAUUUACAGGAGGCCCGAAGCUUAGAAAGGUUCAGGUCAGAUAUUAGUGAUCGAUUGGGGUCUAAUGACUUUAUGUCCUAGGGGAGUCGACCAGUGGUGCUUCAGAAAGGAAGGA